AAAUUGCCAACUUAAAACACCAGAAUUCUCCUCCUCCCUCCUCCCUCCUUCAGCAGGUAGUCAAAUACCCUUUUGUCCCAAGCCAUCUGCAAGACCCCAAGUAACACCCUUCUCAGCAUACCUCUCAUUCAAUCUCAAUUUUCUUUUCAUCUCUUAAACCCCAUGAAAAACAGUGAACUGGAUGAGCUGGACGAACAGGUGGAAAAGCUGGAUGAACAAGUGAAGGAGUUCAAUGAUGCCAUUUUGCGUGGGGAUGAUGAUAGCGACUCAGACAUAGAAGGCCAUAAAUUGAUGGUUGGCUUAUUUAGCUCAUGGGCUAAGUCUCACAGAGCCAAAUGUGAAAUGCUGACGAACAAGAAUAAGAAGAAGAAGAGGAAGAGAAGGGAGGAACGACCCAUGACCCACCCGAGAAACAAAUACUCCGAGAACCCACCCGACUUCGCUCACUUGGCUUCUCUCUACCCCUCUUUCAAGCCCUUCGUCUUCUUUUCCCGAGAUGGUCGACCCAGAAUCGACUGGACCGACUUCAACGCCACCCGGGAACUCACCCGGGUCCUGCUCCUCCACGACCACCACCUCAAUUGGUGGAUUCCUGAUGGGCAGCUAUGCCCUACAGUGCCCAAUAGAUCGAAUUACAUUCAUUGGAUUGAAGAUCUUCUCUCGUCUGACAUCAUUGUGAAGACUACAAGCAAUGGUGGUGAUAAAGUGAGGGGCUUUGAUAUCGGAACUGGAGCAAACUGCAUAUAUCCACUUCUUGGUGCAUCUCUUCUGGGGUGGAGUUUUGUUGGGUCAGAUGUGACUGAUGUAGCACUCGAGUGGGCAGAGAAAAAUGUUAGAGAUAAUCCACAUAUCUCGGAACUAAUUGAAAUUAGAAAGGUUGAAAAUGGCAAAGAGACCCUUCCACUGGAAGGAUCACACAAAGAGAUGUUGGUUAGUACUUCAAGCAAAAUAGAUUUGACUGAAAAUAUGGGAAGGGAAACAGCUCUUUCACCUUCCUCUUCAUCCAAUUCCUCCAAUCUGAAUCAUAAUGCAAAUAAGAGGUAUUGUGGGCCACCUAUUCUUCUUGGUGUGGUUAGGGAGGGUGAGGAGUUUGACUUCUGCAUGUGUAACCCUCCAUUUUUUGAGACCAUGGAGGAAGCAGGACUAAAUCCAAAAACUUCAUGUGGUGGGACCCCAAUGGAGAUGAUUUGUCCUGGUGGAGAAAAGGCUUUCAUCACUCGCAUUAUUGAAGAUAGUGUCACGUUGAAGCAUACUUUUCGGUGGUACACAUCAAUGGUUGGGAGGAAAUUCAACCUCAAAAUCCUAACAUCAAAGCUUUGGGAAGUUGGAGCUACUGUGGUAAAGACAACUGAAUUUGUUCAAGGCCAAACAUGUCGAUGGGGGCUGGCCUGGUCCUUUUUGUCCCCUGCCAAGAAGAUUGCAUCAUCUCAUGUGGCUGUGAAGAACAACCUCUCUUUCAUGCUUGAGGGCCUCGACCGAAAAUUCAGUGCCAUAAAUGUAUUGCAAUCAGUCGAAUCCUUUUUCUGCAGUAGUGGUGCAUUGUGUAACCUGAACACAUCCUCAUUUACAGUUGAUGUGACUACAACAAAAGAUCACUUAGACGCAGUCUUGAAAAGUGAGUCACAACAUUGUGGUAGAGUUGCUAGUUGUGAAGAUGUGCAAGAGGCGACUAUAAGCUCAAGCUGUUUGAACUUGCCUCCCAAUAACCUAAGUUUCCGUGUUUCGGUUUUUCAGCAAAUCCCAGGCACACUUCUGGUGAAAGGCUCUCUACAGCAGAGAGAGAGUCAAGUUUCAGGAUCAUUCUCAUCGAUAUUCCAACGCUUGGAGGAAGAUCUGAAACAGAAAUUCUGUAGAAGGAAGUAGACUGUAGUAGACGUUUCCUUGUCUAAUAUAAUUCCAGCAAUAUAACAGAAAUUCUUUCA